AUGGCAACCGAGUUGGCCGCUCGUGACAUCGACCCGGUCUCGCAUAGCCAUAGCAACAAUACCAACGCCGUCAGUGGCAGCACAGAUCAGGAUGAACUCUUCGACCUCAUUCUUAAGAAGGUGCCAUCAGAAAAGCACGAGAUGCUCUCGACGUCUUGGUCCAAGGAUUAUCUGAACCGACUCACGUCCUUGCCCGCACGCGCCCUGCACAAUGAGCCCGAGAAACUUCGCGAGGAGCAACUCAAGGUGGAACGGGACAUGUCCGAGCUGGCUUUUCGAGACUACAAGGCCUUUAUUCUUGUCAAGGACUGUAAGCAGGAUGUCCAGUCAACCUUUGGAACACUCGGUCAGCAUCUCGACCAUUUUCAAGAGACCAUCCCACAGUUCGUCGAGACGCUCUCGAGGUUCUCGACCAAGGUGUCCCCUAUCCUCGAACGACAGCGCGUGUUCUCAUCGAUUUUGGCAGCCCACUCACAGCUGCUGGAUGUACUCGAGAUUCCGCUUUUGAUGGAUACAUGUGUCAGGAAUGGCUACUACAAUGAGGCCCUUGAGCUCGCCAGUCAUGUUCAGCGGCUGGUAUCGAGGUAUCCAGGGAUCGGGAUCAUCCAAGAGAUUGAUCUCAAGGUGGCUCAGGGCAAAGAGAUGAUGUUAGUGCAACUCUUAGCGCAAUUAAGAGAGCCGAUCAAGUUACCGGUCGCGCUGAGGAUCAUCGGGUUCUUGCGGCGAAUUGGGACGUUCAAAGGACAAUUGGACAUGCUGGAGGAGGACGAGCAUCAAGACAAAACAACUGCCACGACAACAGCAGGAUCAUCGCCGCGAGCGGCAAAGGAAAUGACGGGUGCAGCAGGAUCCGCAUUUUCAUCUGCCUCAGCAACAACAGUAUCUGAGGACGAGACGCCGCUCAAGAUGCUGUUCCUGAAAUCAAGGGGUCUUUACAUGAACCUGCAGCUCUCCAAAGUCGUGCACUACAGGGGCGACUCGUUCGGAUUUCUAAAGAAAUACAUCGAUGUUACGCGGGAGUGUCUCUUUGACACCAUGACCUACUACAAGAGUGUCUUUGGCAGCAUUGACCAGUACAUGGGGCUAUCGUCUCCUUUCUCGUCAUCCAUGAACUACAAGAGCCCAGGAGCCUCGGCUGUAGGAGAGGCGGAUUCAAUCGGGCAACAUCAGCAACAUCAGAGGCAGCACUAUUGGACGACAGACAAUCUCUUGGCAGAUUUUGUCACCUACCGGACCCAAACACUGCUUCAUACACUCAAGGUCCACAUCCCUCAGAUUAACGAUACCUCUGCCCUGUCGUCCAUCUUGACCCAGCUCAUGUAUCUCGGGGCCAAUAUGAGCAAGAUUGGUUUCGAUCUACGGUAUCUGGUGACGUCCUUGUUCGAGGAGGCCGUGAUUCGGGUGGUGGGCGGAGCAUUCCAGAAAGGCGCGGACGAAUUCUUAGAUAGUCUUGGAGGCGAAGGCAAGAAUCAUCCAGAGUGGCUACUCCCAAGUCAGUGGAUGCUGGGUGGAACAGGAAGGACUCUCUCGUCCGCUUCAUCCAGUGCCACCGCUUCGCCCUUAUUGGGUAGGACCGUGAGUUCAGCGGACAUUGCGAGCGGCUCAUCACUAUCGGCUUUAUCCAUGUCGCCCCAGACCUGCCUGAUGGAUUAUCCCCCACUCGCCUAUCUCGCUAACUCCUACCUCACGGCACUCAAUUCGCUACGUCUGUUGGCACCCUUGUCGUUGGCCAUACCCUUGCGCGAGAUCCUGGCAGACAGUUUGAUGCGUAUGGACCUGUCGCUGGAAGAGUACGAUCGAUUCGUCUUUGGAGAGCGGGCCUCUGCAUUCCGCUCAAGCUUUUUGCCGGCCACUCAGGCGCCGUCAGCAACAGCAACAGCGGCAACAAUGUCGUCUUCGGGGCAGAACGGUGGAUUAGGUUUCAGGAUGCAAGGGAUGGAGGGGUCUGCAGUGCUGAACGAACAAAAGAUUAUGGACGGCUUUGUGGUCGUGUACAAGCGCGCUGUGCAGGAUUACAUCCUCAAGUGCUUCGACGAGGGCAUCUAUGGAGGACUUGUACAUGUCGAGAUGGGCCAUGACAGCAACGAUAUCACUAUGGCGGUACAAGAGGACGAAGAGUCGCCUGUCCAGCCCUCGGAAACCCCAACGGAACUAGUACUAACCGAACAAGCGGAAGACAAGGACAAAGUUGGUACUGCGGAGCAGGAGGAUGCAGCAACAAAGGAGUUUUCAUUGUCAGAAACACCAUCAUCUGCGACUUCUGCCCUUGAACCCACUGAGCAAUCGCCCAUCUUGGAGAAUGCAAAUAUGCCAUAA